GUCAAUAGUCAAGUGAAGUCACACCCUUCUUCUUCCUCUUCCCAGCGAGAGAAACCCUUCUCUCACGCUCUCUAACCAUCUUCACAUCAAAAUGACACGCUCUCACAACCUCGUACAUCUUCUCCUCUUCGUCUUCUUCUCCUCCGUUUUCCUAUCCAUCACCACCGCGUCCUCCGAUUCUGACUCAGAACUUGUAUCAGAGCUGAUCUCUCUGCGAUCCCGGUCCAAGGAUGGGGUGAUCCACCUAGACGACCGCUCCGUCUCUCGUUUCCUCACCUCCACCAAAACCCCCCGCUCAUACUAUCUCCUCAUUUUCUUUGAUGCCGCCCACCUCCACGACAAGCAGGACCUCCACCUCCAGGAUCUCCGCCGCGAGUUCUCCCUCGUCUCCUCUUCGUUCAUCACCAACAACGCUGAUGACAGUACCGCCCUUUCCAAAGUCUUCUUCUGUGACAUCGAGUUUCGCGAAUCCCAGUCCUCAUACGCCCUCUUUGGCGUCAACUCCCUCCCCCACAUCCGUCUCGUGGGCCCCAAUGUCAAAAGCGUGAAGGACUCUGAACAGAUGAACCAGGGCGACAUCGCACGAAUGGCGGAGGCCAUGGCGGAAUUUGUCCAAUCUAGAACGAAAGCCUCCGUCGGGCCCAUCCAUCGUCCUCCAUUACUCUCCAAGAAUAAGAUAAUCUUCAUCGUCGCCGUUUUGUUAAUUUGGGCGCCGUUUCUGGCGAAAAAGGUCUUAUCUGGUGAAACUUUGUUGCACGAUCCCAAGAUCUGGCUAUGCGGCGCCGUGUUUGUCUACUUUUUCAGCGUAUCUGGUGCAAUGCAUAACAUAAUUCGGAAGAUGCCCAUGUUCUUGGCGGACCGGAAUGAUCCUAACAAGCUGGUCUUCUUCUACCAAGGUUCUGGGAUGCAGCUGGGAGCUGAAGGAUUCGCAGUGGGAUUCUUGUACACAGUGGUGGGCUUGAUGUUGGCCUUAGUCACACACGUACUGGUGAGAGUGAAGAAUGUUACAGCACAGAGGGUGAUUAUGAUUGUGGCUCUCAUAAUUUCUUUUUGGGCGGUGAGGAAGGUUGUGUUCUUGGAUAAUUGGAAGACGGGAUAUGGUGUUCAUGCCUUCUGGCCUUCAAGCUGGAACUGAAGCUAAGUUGGGAUGGCAUUUAUAUCUCGGAUGCUAUGAGGUGAUGAUUUUGUGAUAGAUACUUUGUCUAAACUUAUUGAGCACUAAAAUUUUCAUAUUUACAAUUUACAACUUUACUAUGAAAAUGUUGGCCGCAGCAGAAAUUUUAGCUUCUUACUACUUACUGCUAGACUGAAGUUCUGUUUUUUGCGCUAAAAGUGACAUUCUGGAAUAUUUCCUGACUUUGAUGCCAUGAUUUUGUUUGGCCUAAAAAUUAGACUUUUGAUCGAUGGUAUGUGGUCUUAUUGACUCGUUAAA